AUGAGUUUAAUAUUUAGAAGAAAUUUAUCGACAUGUUUGAAACUAUUUCAAAGUACUGGGAAACCAAUCAAUAGAUUUCAAACACUAUAUGGGAACAAAUCAUCACCUAAAAGUCAAGGAAAUCAAAAACGAACUAAAAGGAUGAUAAAUGGGAAUAAAAAUCAUCAUCAUCAUCAUCAACAACAACAACAACGUAGUGAAAGAAUUAUUGAUCCUAGAAAAUUUGAAUUUAAAGAAGGUUCAGAAACGUCCAAAUCUGCUAUAUCUAGUUUAAUUUCUAAAAUUUAUUAUCAAUCUUCAAAUUUUAUGGUUGAACAAGUUGGCGAAUCAGGAUUAAUUAAAAUUCAUUUAUCUAAAAUACUAGAAAAUUUAAAUCUAUCUAAACAAGGUAUUCAAUUAAUUGAUAGACCAAAAAGUGACGAUGAUGAAGGCGGUAGAUUAUUACCAUUAAUUAAAAUUGUUCCUAUACAGGAAAUGAAUUCAUGGUAUAAUGACUUAUUAGCAAAAUCUAAACAAAUUGAAUUAUUAGAAAUUGGAAGUGUUAAAACUUUGAAAACUUUAGAAAUUAAAUUAAAACAAGAACAAAAGAAAUCAGCAACUAAAGAAUUUCAACUUAAAUGGAGUAUAUCAAUAAAUGAUUUAAAAAAUCAAAAAAAAUUGGAAAUUCAAAAAAUUAUUCAAAAUUCAAAAACUCAAAAAUCGUUUUUAAUUAAUGUGGUUUAUAAUAAAUCAAAUCCUGGUAGAUUAAUUGAUACUAUCUUUAAAGAUGAAGAAGAUUUAGAAAUCGAAUUUAAAAAAAGAGAAUUACUAAAGAAAAUAUUAGAAGAAGAGAUUUUAAAUGAUUUGGAUUGUAAAUGGUCCGUUGAAGGUGAUUUGAAAACUAAAUUGGUUUAUCAAGUAACUCCAAAACAAAUUCAACAGGAAACAAAUAAAUCGGUUGAUAAAGAAGAGCAACCAAAAAAGGAAAAGAAAAAGAAACAGCUACAUACACAAGCUAAACCAAAAUCUAAAACAUCAGAAGAAGAUUUAGAUGAUCUAUAUCUGUUUAAAAUUGAAGAUUAA